GGCGCGUCAACGUCAACUACAUCAGAGGAAGAAAGCAACUAUCAUGACAGAGGACGAGGUUAUAACCACAAUCAGAACCAGAUUUUUGAUGAUGAAGACGAAGAUGAACAGCAGUCGGAGCUGGGUGCAAAUUACGUUUCCGAAGAGUUUUCGGCUGGUGGAAUCUCGGCUUUUGAAAGAAGCAGGCGCGUCAAAAAUAAAGGCACGUCGUCGAAAAUGCUGAACAAAUUCAGGCGAAGUGGGAAUGUCCUCCCCAGCGGUGCAGGUGCUGUUGUAUUUCGCCCGGAGCCCCGAAUUAUGUCGAAUCAAACCUUCAAAAAUUGUUCCGGAGCUGCUUCUUCCUCCGCAUCUACUUCCGCAAGUAGUGCGACGGGCUUAAGUUUUGCUUCAACAAGUGCGACACCAUUGACCACAUCAGUUUUGUCUUCUUCCUCGCUUUAUGGAUUGCAAAAGUAUCGUACUCGUAUAAAUGCAUUACAAAUUAUUUUCUCAGCGUGAGAGAUAAAAUUUGUAAUGCUGAUUUACCUUAAGAGAACGAUUUGUAAAUGCAUGAUUACAAUACGAGUGCGAUACUUUUGCACAGGAUACGCUUUAUGGUCGUGAUUCCUUGUCAUCUGCUGCACAUGAUCCUCCAGCAUCACGAAAACCCUCCUGCACAAUGUCCUCGACCUUAGGGGAAAUGAAACCAGCUUCGUCGUCGUGGUCUUUGGAAAACAAGACUGAAGUUGCUGGAGAGAAUAAAUUGAACUUCGAUGAGGAACGAGAUUCAAAUUUCAUCCGCCCCAAAGCGGCCAGACACUCCCCGGGUUCUUAUGUCCUUUCCGACGUUGGUGGAGUACCUGGACCGCGCAUCAGUGUCAGCAGCAGCUCGGCGCAAAGCUUUAUUUCCUCCGACCACACGUCGACUAGGCGAAGAAAUACUGGGGACAUGAGCAAACACGAACGUGCAGAAACACGACCGGCAGUCGCGCCGGCUUCUGGGAGCGGGAGUAGAGCCGCACCCAGUCCGUUGGAUCAAUUUCUGUCCGGAUCUGAAGCUGGUGGUGCCACAACCCCUAUACAGCCGCUGAAUUUCAGCUCGACGUCAGAACUGGAUCAAAACACGAGGAAGAGCAGCGGUGGGGUUGUGCCCCCGGUGGCUGCUUCUACAACGCUUCUCAACACAAGGAAGGUUAAGAUUUCGGGGAGUAGAAGCAGCAGGCUGGGAUCCUUGGAACACGAUCAAUUUACAGAUCAUCAUCUAGAAGGAGGAGGAGGAGGACGAGCGAAUGUUGAUUCCCAUAACGACCAGCAUCAACAAACUUCGCUAAACUUAUUAGGAGUUGUACCGGCUUCAUCGUCGUCGUCCAGAAAAGUAAGCAGCGAUAAUACAACAACGGAGAAGUUGUACCAACGACCUUCGCCUUCCGCAGCGUCAAACAAAGCGGCUGCUGAGAGCAUGAUGUUUAAUACAUCCGCGCCGAUUUCUAAUGUUGAGGUGAAGCACCAUGGUGCGCAUGAUGUUGACGAAGAGGACGUGGAGCAUGACAAACUUGCAGUUGCACAAAAACAGCAACUAAUCCACGACCCACGUCGACGCCAAGCCCAAGGCUGUGAAAGUGAAUCGGUACUGUCAGACCACCUGGCGCGUCACUCCAUGGUCCAUCGAGGUGGCACAGGGCAACAUGAUAGCAAAGACGAGGAACCCGCCCCCCACCGCCGCCAUAGAAAGUCCAGUAAAGAAAAGAAAAGCAGAAAAUCAUCGAGAACUUCCGAGAUGAAUACUAAAGCCGAUGAUCAUGAGUUGUUGUUGGCCGAAGAAACUACAACCCAGGCAGAAAAACCACGUAAGCGAACAUCAAGCAGGGCGGAAAAGAAGAAAAAGAAAAAGUCUUCGUCAAGCAAGGAAAGGAGUGGCACUGAACACAGUGUGGCCUCGACUCCGGUCGCUGGUGUACAGCAGCCUAAUGAUCAAGAAGAGAAUGGAUUUAAAAAUCAUAUUGCAGCGACUUCGUUUCCAAGUUUCGAAGAUUUUGGCUCGAAAAUUUUCGAUAUGAUUCCGAGAAUCAAAACGACGGUGGCGAAGAAACUACAGCAGGAGGGGGAGGAGGAACAGCAUCUAUUUCAAAGCAGGAGUUGUGAGGAACAGAAUGGUCGUGAUGGGUACAACAUCAACAGCGGCCCCAGUACUAGUAGCCACGACACGGCAGCUAGUUCAACAUCGUCAGGGGAACGUCGAGGAACCACAGAUGUUGAGAGGGGAACCAGUUCUUUCGCGCACAUCAUGGAUUCAUCUGCGACUUCCACUACAGCGUCUGCGAGUAUAAGUAGCAGUGGCGGCGCGCCAGCACCACCACCAGGGACUUCACUUAUUUCAACAGCAUUGCCCCUGCGCACCAUCGCGACGACCGUGAAAAAGGCACGACAGCAGGAGUUGCUUUUACAGGAUCCGAAAAGUUGUACAACAACCUCGCGAGGCCGAGGUGAACAAGCACCAGUAGAGAAAAAGAUCAGGUUAAACUCCGGGAGUGAGGGUGAGAAAGCAGCUAGCGCUGGAACAACUGCGGCGGCAGGAGCCGCAAAAACCACGAUGUUGAAUUCCGGUAGAGCGGAUGAAAGCAGAAAGGGCCACCUCCAAACAAAAUUGGACGAUCAUUCUGCAGACGCGGCUGAGCAGCGAAAGCAGGCGUUGCUGAAUUAUUUUUGAAUAAACAGAAUGAAUGGAACGAAAGCACACUCAGGUGCAGAUGCAGUUGUGCUCCCCUGGCUAAAGACGAUGAAUUUUACAGAAUUUUUGAUUUUUGAUAGAUCGAUCAUCAGAAGAUUAUGAUCAAGAUUAUGACGAUGAGACCACUAUGACAACC